CCGUGUGUCCGGUUCCGGAUAUUGUGCGUCACCAUGCGUUUGGUGGUCAAGAUCAACUGCUGCAAAGUGCCCAAGUACAGCGGUGAGAGACUGUUCAAAUUGGAGUUCAGAGGUAUUGAGCAGCAUUCAGAAAUUAUAGAUUCUACAUUAGUGAAUCAAAACUUUGAAUGGCCAUUAUCGAAACGCUUAGAAAACGACGAUGUACUCAUCGUGCAACUACUCAGUCAUCAACGACAUCAGUGCGACAAAACUUUAGGGUAUUACACUUUGCAAAUGGACAAGGUGGUUGCCGAGGAGCACGUUCAUCUAGUGGAUUCGUUCUCAGACAUUAACGACCGAGCUCUCCCGAUCACGAUCGAUUUGGACAUUGAAUACUCGGCGAGCGACAGUCGGAACCGGACUUCGUCGUUGUUCAGCUCACGUCCAGAGUCACCGACUGAGUCGACAGACGAGCGGCAAAUGCUGUUGGACGUUGAACAAAAUAUUGCCAACCUGGAGAAGACGUUCACCGAUAGCCGUCGGUUGGGCGAACGGCAACAGGACAACGAAAACAACGGUGAAAAGGAAGUUGUCGGCAGUGGCGGUGGCGGAAGUAGAACGCACAAGAAAGGGCUGUUCCGGUACAGUUCGUUUAGUUCGGACAAAGAUGCCGGUGGUGGAAAUGAUCGGAAAAGUCGUGGCACAAUUUUCAAGAAAGGCGUGAAGAGCUUAAUGAGAAUGGGUAAACAGAGAAUUCCGCAAGAUAAGGAAGCAUUGAUGGACAGCGAUGAUAAUAAUCAAAUGGGUGCAAUUACUCAUCAACGCGGUCAUACAACGGAGACAAGUGACUUAUCUUCGGACAAUGAGUCUGUUAAUUCUUUUAAUGCCGAAUACUCACCUAAGCCAAAAAAACCGCUGAAACAUAAAGAUCAACUGAAUGCAACCCAAAAUGCGCUUAAAUCUCAAGAUUUUCAAGUAUGCGUAACCAUUAUCGAGGCUAGGCAGCUAGCAGGUCUGAAUAUGGAUCCCGUUGUCUGCGUACAAGUUGGUGAAGUAAAGAAAUACACGAGCGUAAAGGAAAGCACCAACUGCCCUUACUAUAAUGAAUAUUUUGUAUUCGAUUUUCAUAUGCCAACUGUAAUGUUAUUUGAUAAAAUCAUAACACUAUCGGUUUUGCAUUCUAAAAAAAUCCUAAGGUCAGGCACGGUGGUUGGAUCAUUCAAGAUCGACUUACACACCGUCUAUGACACGCCCGAGCAUCAAUUUUAUCACAAAUGGGCUCUUCUCACCGACCCCGACGACAUAGCUGGUGGACCCAAAGGAUACCUAAAAUGUGACAUCAGCGUAAUCGGAAAAGGUGACACUAUUAAAAUACCGCCAAAAACGGAAAAAGACGAAGACGACAUCGAGGCAAACCUACUGUUACCGGACGGCGUUCCUGUAGACCGGCAAAGGGCCAAAUAUGUGGUGCGGAUAUACCGGGCUGACGGUCUACCAAAAAUGAAUAGCACGCUGGUGGCGAAUGUGAAAAAAGCGUUUACCGGAGAAAACCGAGACCUGGUUGACCCAUUUGUACAAGUAUCGUUCGCUGGACUAACCGGCAAGACGAGUGUACGAAAACACAGCUAUUCGCCGGUGUGGAACGAGCAAAUUGUUUUUUCCGAGAUGUUUCCUCCGCUAUGCCAACGGAUAAAAAUUCAACUGAGGGACAAUGAUCCAGUAAACACGGUUAUUGGCACGCAUUUCAUCGACCUGAAGACUAUAUCAAACGACGGCGAAAGAGGAUUUCCCCCUACGUUCGGUCCCACAUUCAUACAUAUGUACGGAUCAACAAGAGAUUAUAGUAUUUUAGACAAGCACGCGACGCUUAAUACUGGCCUUGGUGAAGGUGUUUCAUAUAGAGCAAGAGUAUUAGUAGCGAUUCGAACUGAAAUCACAGAAAACACGGAAUUUAUGAACUCUGGUGUAGAUGUUGAACCUACAUAUCCUAUCACUGAGACAUCUUAUUGUAAAAACGAAGAGUUCUUUUUGUUCAUGACCAUUUUAGAUGCAUCGAUGAUAGACAAGAAACUUGGAGAGAAACCAAUAUUUUUCGAAUUGAGUAUAGGAAAUGCGGGAAAUAUGAUUGAUGGCCAUAACGAAUCUAGCUCUCAAGAAGAUCACGAUAAACUCAAUGUGCUAGAAAGCGUUAUUUCGGAAUCGUGGCAAAGCACAACAGCAGCCAUAAAGCCGAUAUCUAAUGAUAAGGUGUAUUAUUAUUUGCCAUUACGUGAAGACAAGCCGUGCUUACACGUCAAGUCGAUAUGGCCAGAUUACAGACGGAGAAUGUACAACUCGAACAUUAUAAAUAAAAUAUCAGACAGACUGGAAGAAGGCUUGAAUGAAGUAUCAUUUUUGGUUGACGACGACGAUCCGGAAAAGGAAGAUAAACUAAAAUCUGUCUUAGAUGAACUUUCUGUUAGUUGCAACCGUUACGUGAAUUUCACAAAAGGUGUAGGAUGUGGUCAGGGCUUAGGGAAAACUAAAUUAGACAAGGAGCGAAUGAAGCUAUGCCUUAGAGAAAUUGAACACAUCGGAAAAAUGUCGAGAACUUUGAAAGCAAUAGUUACUAAAAAUUCAUUCAAAGAACGUUACAGAACAGCAUUGAGCUACUUACAAAAAAUCAAAGCUCUCAUCGAAGAUCCCCAACAUGCACUGCCUGAUAUUUUUCUAUGGAUGGUAAGCAAUGGAAAAAGAGUAGCGUAUCAACGAAUCAUGACUAGGCACUUAAUAUAUUCGGUUGCUGACGAAGAGUGUGGAAAAUUCUGUUCAAAAGUUCACACCAUGUUCUUGAAGUUACCAGGAAAGAAGAAUUACGGUUCGUCCGGUUGGGCGGUACCAGCUAAAUUACAAGUGUACACAUGGUUAGGGCAGAUGAAACACAAAAAGUAUCUCUCAAAUGGUCUGCCAAAAGGUUAUAACACCACGCCUGAAUUGUAUAGUUCAGAAAAUCCGAGAUUACCUCCGCCUGCUUACAUUCACUAUUGUGAAAAAUAUACAUUUCAACUGAGGGCGUAUAUGUAUCAAGCUCGUUCCUUAAUAGGUUCUGACGCAUCCGGCUUAUCCGAUCCAUACGCACAAAUUAUACUUUGUGAAAACUCUACGAAAACACAAGUAAUUGAUGAAACUUUAAGUCCCACCUGGGAUGAACUGCUGAUCAUUAAUGACGUGAUACUGUACGGGACAAAAGACGACAUUAAAAAUCAUCCGCCCACCAUCGUAGUGGAAAUAUUCGAUCAAGACAAAGUGGGAAAAUCCGAAUUCAUUGGUAGAACUGUAGCCAAACCACACGUGAAACUUUUGGAAGACGACUAUGUUAGACCGGAAUUUCCACCGUCCUUAGAAUGGUAUGAUGUGCAUAGAGGCAUGGAACACGCAGGAGAGCUUUUAGCAACGUUCGAAUUAUUACAACUUCCUAACGCACUGAUUGGCGAAAGUGCUAUAUUACCACCGUUGCCAAAUCCUAAGGAAAUUUAUUCAAUAGUGGACGGACAACAUUGUGAGCCAAUUUUACCAAUUCCGAAAGACAUUAGACCAACGUUAGCAAAAUAUAGGAUUGAAGUAUUAUUUUGGGGACUGCGAGACUUGAAGCGUGUUCACUUGAUGACUGUAGACAAACCCCGUGUCGAUAUUGAAUGCGCUGGUCACAUACUCUACUCGUCUAUUAUUCAAAAUGCACGCAAGAAUCCAAAUUUCAGUACUCCAGUAAAAUUUUUAGAGCUAGAACUUCCUGAACAAGAGCUUUAUCGCCCACCUUUAACAAUACGUGCAGUCGAUUGUAGGAGUUUUGGUAGAUUUACCUUAGUAGGUACACACCUUAUAAACUCAAUCCAUAGAUAUAUGUAUGUACCAACUACAAAGAAGGAAAGAGAAGCACUCGAACGAAAUAGAUCGCUACAACAACUACAACAAAUCAGUUCAAAAAAAAAUCAAAUCAACACAAAUCGAUUUAGUAAAAGUGAGCAAAGUGCCAAUAAUAACAAUAAUACACAGCUUAAUGAAAAAAACAACACAUUGGACAAUAAGGAUGCUGUAAUCAACAUCAGUUAUGGUUCAAGUCAUCUAACUCAAAAAGACAUAAAGACACAAUUCAAUAGAUUAAGCCGGAAACAAAGUGUCGAGGAAAUAAUAGAAUUGAAAAAUGACGAUAGUCGUGAUUGGUGGACAAAAUAUUUCGCAUCUGUCGAAAGCGCUAUUAUUGAAGAAAACCGAAAAAUGGCAUAUGGAGACACCAAUGGACUAUUACCGAUUAAAAUGGAACCUACCCAAAUUGAAGUGAAAGCGCCUAAGAAAAGUACAAAAGCAUCACGUUUUGUAGCAAAAUUAAGUCCAAAAAAAUUUCAAAGAAAACGUGAAAUUACUAAAAUUGCUACCAUGAAGAUAUAUUCAAACGAACUCGAGGCACAACCCGAAUUCAAUGGUUUUCGAGAAUGGUUAUUACCAUUUGAUUUGUAUCGAGGUAAAAAAACUGGUGACGAUGUCGAAGAUGAGGCUCGGAUAGUGGGAACGUUUAAAGGUUCAAUAAAAGUAUAUAAAUGGCCUUUACCGAAAAACAUCGAAGAUCACACUAUAAUGGGCUUUGAUCCACAGUACGGAUUUUUUCAAGGAUUACCUUCAAACGAUCCAAUUCACGUAUUAGUUAGAGUGUACAUUGUAAAAGCUAACGAUCUACAUCCUAUGGAUAUCAAUGGAAAAGCUGAUCCAUAUGUAGUAUUGCAAUUAGGCUCAAAAAAAAUUAGUGACAAAGACAAUUACAUUUCAAAACAGCUCAAUCCAGUUUUUGGAAAAUGUUUUGAAAUCGAAGCGACAUUCCCACAAGAUUCUAUGUUAACUGUACAAAUACUAGAUUGGGAUCUAUUGGGAUCAGAUGAUUUAAUAGGAGAGACCAGAAUAGACUUAGAAAAUCGAUUUUAUAGUAGACAUAGAGCGACAUGUGGUAUUCCUAAGACUUAUGAACUAUCGGGGUACAAUCGGUGGAGAGAUUCAAUGAAACCGACACAAAUAUUAGCAAAACUGUGCAAAGAGGCUAAAUUAGACCCGCCGGUGUAUUUAAACGGAACGGUUAAAAUUGGCCCGAAAACAUUUUGUCUUCAAAACAAUACUGACGACACAAUCGAAUGGUAUUGUGCAAAAGGUACGGAAGAACACAUGGCGUUAGCUGUCUUACACAACUGGCAUGAAAUACCUCGAAGAGGUUGUCACCUUGUACCCGAACACAUAGAAACCAGGCCACUGUUUAUUGCAGACAAAGCGGGAAUCGAAAGAGGCAAACUAGAAAUGUGGGUGGACAUGUUUCCGAUGGACAUGCCACUGCCAGGCCCGGCGUUAGACAUUUCGCCAAGGAAACCGAAAUCAUACCAAUUGCGAGUGAUCAUUUGGAACACGGACGACGUAGUGUUAGAAGAUGACGCGUUUUUCACGGGGGAAAAAAUGAGUGACAUCUACGUAAAAGGAUGGUUGAAAGGCCCGGACGACUGUCAGAGCACAGACAUACAUUACAGGUCAUUGACAGGAGAGGGCAACUUCAAUUGGAGAUUUCUAUUUCCGUUCGACUAUUUAGUGGCAGAAGAGAAAAUCGUUAUAUCGAAAAAAGAGUCGCUGUUCUCGUGGGAUGAAACGGAGAGUAAAAUACCGGCUAGACUCGAGCUUCAAGUGUGGGAUGCCGACCAUUUUUCAGCUGAUGAUUUUUUAGGAGCCUUAACGUUGGACUUGAACAAUUUUCCUCGAGGUGCCAAGUCUUCAAAGUUGUGCACGUUGGAAAUGCUCAAGUCGGAUGGAUCAGUUCCGAUGGUUAAUAUAUUCAAGCAAAAACGCGUUAAAGGCUGGUGGCCAUUUUAUGUUAAAAAAGAAAACGAGGAAAUGGAAUUAACGGGAAAGGUUGAGGCCGAGUUACACUUACUUACCACCGACGAAGCGGAAAAAAUUCCUGCUGGUAUUGGCCGUAAUGAACCAGAUCCAUUGGAUAAACCCAACCGACCAGACGCUUCAUUUAUGUGGUUCUUAAAUCCAUUUAAAUCCAUACGUUACAUAAUUUGGCACAAUUAUAAAUGGAAAAUCCUGAAAGGGAUCAUCGUUUUGGCAAUAUUCCUCAUGAUAAUAUUAUUUUUCUACUCCAUUCCCGGCUACUCAGUUAAAAAAAUGUUAGGAGCCUAAUCGUUUUAUCUUAUUUUU